AUGCUAAAGCUUGUCUGGUUUCUCUGGAGCUACCUCCCGGCGCUGGCUUGGAAGGAGGUCUUGCUGCCAGAGCAUACUGUAGAGCUGACGGGGGGAAAUGACGAUCCUCUGAAGACAUGGAUGGGUUCCCUAAAGUUCCGAGUGGAGUCCAACGAAACACAUGCCAAUGUGGCCGGGGGGGUGAUGUCCUUCCAGUUUCAUGAUGUCUGGUGCUACGACAUAACCUUCGAGACAAUCGACACGCGCAAGAAGAGCCAGGGCACCGGAUUGCGAAUUGAGUUCUCCGGCGUGGGCUUGACCUGCAAGGGAAAGUGGAAAACCACAGGGUCGCUGAGCUGGCUGGUCGUAGGAGAUGGAACCAUCACUGCCACGAUAGAUACCAGCAAGACCAACAAAGCUACGGCUCAAUUCUACCUGUACGGCAUCGACAGUGCGAACAGAUUCGACUUUGUCGAAACGGACUACUGCUAUGCAGACUUGAACCUCCAUAUCGACUUGAAAGGGGGCCUGGCAGUCUUCGCCAUCAACUCGCUGGCGAAGGCCUUCCGGGGCACCUUGAGCGAGCUCAUGAAGGGUCAGAUCCAAUCGAAGGUCUGUGGCGGGAUGCAUGAGGAGGUGGCGCCCCAGCUGACGCGACAGCUUGAAGUGCUCAACAAGUUGAUUCUCCCUCCAUCCCUUCAGCCAGACAGACACGGGCGCCGCUUGAAGGAGGACGACAACAGCUCUGAGCCGGAGCCGGAACUGCCCGACCCUGGAAGCGACUCGGAUAAGCCUGCUUCUCCUGGGAUGGUGGACUGGACCCAAAGCCCACUGCUGAAAUGGGCAAGCUGGAUAAACACAGAGGUGCUGCCACCGGAUGUCAUACACCAACUCUCGCACUGGGCACUGGAAGGCGCGCAGAGCAUGUACCUGGACCUACGCGGGCUUCCCCACUUGGAGCAGGGUUUCGUGGCCGACCAGGCAGCCACUGGGCUCCGAUUGGGAGUCACAGCAACGCUCCAAGAAAUUGUGCUCCAUGGUGCGCAGAGCCUCAAGGCCUACUCGAUGGAGGCCGUGAGCCCGACGCAGCUACAGUUUUCCACGGAGUUUGGUACAGAGGAGCAGCCGAAUGUGGGCUUGGCCGCGAAGUUUUUGAUCCGCCUUCAGGCUCAGGAUGCAGAUCAGUGGCGGUGGUGGUCGCAUGAUGCGGUUUCGCACGUAGAGGAGGAGAUCGGCCUCAAUCUCGCCAUCACGAGACCGCGUUCCCGACUCCAGGCUCGAGUGAUGUGUAAAGACGAUCCGACCACACCGCUGUAUACUGCAAGCCAGUGGUUUUGGGACCCCAUCAAUUGCGCAAGGAGCCUGUUCGUGGAGGCGCCCGUCCUCGAGAAGCAGAAUCUGACUUUCGAGGGCAUCGCCACACCACUGUCCUGGACUGCGAUAACUCCGGGAAUUCUGGAAAAGGAUUUGUCAACUCUCUUCAACGAACUCGUCAGUUUGUUCAACGACUUGUACGAGGCUCACCUUCCGGAUGCUCUGACUCGCCUGGCGGCCAGCGAGGAUGGCCUCAAGGUGGUGAACACUGCGCUGGCGAAGUUGGCAAAGCCCACUCAGUGCAUUGCCUUGGACGAUGCGAACAACAAGACGCAGGGAUACUACGGUGACGAGUUCUCUGAUUGGCCUAAGCUGCUGUCUGGCCAACUGAAACAAUUUCUGGACCAAAUGAUCUCUGGCUUCUUUGUUGCCAACGAGACCAGUGCCCCCAAGUUUGUGCGGGACAUGCCAGCCAUCUCUGCGGGGCCUUUCACCUUGCGCCUCGAGGAUAUGGCCGUUCGCGGCACCGAUCAGGUCACAGAUGCCAGAUUCAUGGUACCAGACACAGGGGCACCCGAGACCCUAGGAUUCUACAUGACCAACGUGUGUCACGGAGAGCAGUACAACGCCACUCUGGCUGUGAGGCUGGCUGGCGAACAUCCGAAAGGUGAGGCACUCAUCGAGGUCGAGGCCCCUUGCGGAGCUUUCGAAACGGUUCUGGACGUGAGUUUGGACACGUUGAAGACAGCCAGCAUGCUGGUGCCCCCAACAUUGUUCUGCACCAUGUUGACGCCUUUCCGAAAGCUGAAGGUGAAGGAACUGAAGCUGGGCUUCGAAUCGGCAGGCGAACUCCGGGUGGCCUUGGGCUCGCAGCCUCCGCGCAAACCGAUAGAGGAGCUAUGGGAGCUUUACCCAGAGCUGUCCACGGCAGUCCAUGCGCUGCUGCACUCUCUCGCGACUGCCGACAAUGUGACGGCUGUGCUAGAGUUCCUGCACCAGGAGGCUGUGCAAGAAUGUGAUGCCAAGUCGUCCCGAAGGCUAACCGCUGCUGAGACCGCGUCCAAAGGCAUAGAUGCCAGAGGAAUCAGCUAUGACAAGGGUUUCAACAUCCUGGUCUGGCUGUGCUCUUUGCUGGGCGGCUUUGCCGCGGCAGCUCUGGUCCUGGGGGCAGUGGUGUACCAGGCGGGGAGGCAAAAGGCUUCAGCUUCGAAGCCCUUGGGCGUUCAUUGCUGGCUGGCUGGCCGGGGCGAGAGGCACUGGCUCGUCGUUGCCGUCUGUAUGAUGCUUGGCUUCUCCGUGAUCCUGCGGGUGCUAGCGUGCAGCUUGCCCUACACGUCGCUGAUGAUGCGGAUGGUGUACACGCCCAAUAGCCUGCAGCUUGACCAGCAGACGAUUGCCACCUUCACAUACUGGGGACUGGCCCUGCAGUUCAAAGCCGGAGGAGGCAGCUUUGUCUUCAUCAACUUCGUGGUGACUUCCCUCGUAAGUGGUGUGGUCGCUUGCGCGAUUCUCGCCUUGCCGUGGUUACUCGGGCUGAGCUUCGGCGUACAGCACGUGCUGAUCCGUGUGGCGAUUUGGAUUGGCAGGCUACCUUUCCAGGAGUCUCAGACCUUGGCGAGCGCUGGCUUAUCCAUGAAUGCGAACUUGGCCUUGCCGAUGGAUGCAAAAGGUGAGAUGAGGAUGGUGCCGCUUGUCGGGCCCUUCGUUGGGAUCACGGCUUGCCUUUUGUGCCUUGCCGCUGGUGUGACGAUGGCCGUGUCACUUCCACAAAGAUCGACGAAGGACGAGGAGCACAAGCAAUGGGCUCUGCCCGAUCUAGUGCUGUGCUCGGGAAUCCUGACGGGAGUGUUUAUUUGGUUCUUCUUCUCCUUCAUCUCCGUGGCUCUCGUGGGCUUGGCUGGAAUGGUCCUGUCACCGGGGACCUACUCCGGAAUGGAUCUGGGAGCCUACAGUCCAGGGUUGAGAAGCACAAUCCUUGUCCAGACUGUCCUUGCGCCUGUUGGCCAGGCAGUCUUCGUCGCGCUGCGGUCAACAAAACUCAUUUCGGAGAGUUGGCGACCUUUGGAGGAGCUCUGUAUGAGUCUCAACGCUCUCGACGUCUUCGCGCUGGUAUACCUCCUGGCAUUCCUAGAGAAUGUGGAUGGCUUCACCACAUCUUUUGCCAGUUCAAACUAUGCGGAUGUCGUUGAGAAUGUGAAGAAGCUUCUUGGUGUUCCUGCUGUUGGAGUCGAGGCUUCCGUGGUGGAGAUGGGGACAGUGGGUCUCUGUAUCGGAGCAGCAUGCACGUUGUUGCUCUACAUUCGCUUCUUGGCAAUCAAGCUUCUGUUCUGCCGGUUCGUCGAUGUAUUUUCACUCGCUGGUGCCGAAGUCCGUUGCCAGGAGGGAUGUCGAAGAUUCAAGUGUCGCGGUGGAGUUGCAGUGAGCAAGACUCCUUUCUGCGGUGUUUUCACGCUUGUGCAGUAUCUCCGAUGGACCUUAUCCAUCGUCUCGGAGAAUCUUAGAGCUAAUGGGAUGCACGAACACAUUCCGUCGGAUCAGCGUGAUGGCUCCCAGACGACUAGCCUCCCGAGUCCACAGGUGAAGCUGGUUCGUGCAUCCAUUCGCAAAUACAAGCGACCUGUCUUCAAUCUGGAGCCCGGUCGCUCCAGCGGUGCUGUGCUUCGCACUGCAGGGCUCGCGACAGCCUGCAUUGCCGCCAGCCAGGCCUCCCAGGCUUUCGUGCCUAGCAGACUCGGCCCCUGCACCGAGACUCGAAGACCGCUGGUCGCAAGAGCUGCAGCAGAGCUGCCACCGGGUUACCUGGCUCCGCCUCCGAACGGCAUUCCCGGGCUGGAGCCUUCGCAGCUUUCACUAGGCACUGCGUUUGCACUCUUCGUUGUUGCUGUGCCCGGCGUUCUUGGUACCAUUCAGAGGUCUGGCCAGGCAAAGUUUGUCGAGAAGACCUAUGUGAUGCCGGGCACUGCAGCCGGUGGGCUUGAGAUGCGUUCCAUUGCAGGUGGAAUUGUUGCGUACUUCACAGGACUUAACUACAUGAUGGAGGAGUCGCCGCAGCAGGGGCGAAUCCGCUUUGUAGGCCAGCUUCAAGGCAGCAUCAGCCAGGCCUUGUUCCUGACUUUCUGCCUUGGUGGUGCCAUCUUUGCUGUGGCGCUGCUCCUAGUGCAGAUCUUUCCCGAUGGCCCCUUCGGAGUCGGCCCCGACUGGUGGUUCACUCCGAUGGUCAUCAGCCCCUCCGCGGGUCUUUACUACUGGCAGCGCGCCUUUCGGAAGGACAUCGUGGAGCUGCAGCUGGGAAUGACCGACGACUUCAUGCAGACCUCCUUAGUCAUCCUCGGCAGUCUGGAAACCAUCGAAGAGCUGCAGAACGGUGUCCGAUUUCAGUCUGACACCGGUAAGCUCUUCCGCCUGAUGGAGCAGGGCAUGGAAUACCAGCCGGGCAUCUUCGAAUCCGACGAGGACCGCAUGGUCGUCACUGGCGCCGCUUCUGGUUCUUCGGGCCCGGACGAGUCCAAGCGACUGAAGGGUUGA